AUGGGCAGCAAGGAAGAUGUGGGGAAGGGAUGUCCGGCGGCCGGUGGCGUCUCCAGCUUCACCAUCCAGUCCAUCCUGGGCGGGGGCCCUUCCGAGGCACCGCGGGAACCCGCCGGGUGGCCAGCCAGGAAACGCAGCUUGUCUGUGUCCUCGGAGGAGGAGGAGCUGGACGAAGGCUGGAAAGCGCCGGCUUGUUUCUGCCCAGAUCCGCACGGCCCCAAGGAGCCAAGCCCUAAGCACCAUCCCCCCAUCCCUUUCCCUUGCCUGGGUACCCCCAAAGGCAGCGGAAGCGCAGGGCCUGCGGGCUCGGAGCGCACGCCUUUCCUUUCUCCUUCUCACUCGGACUUUAAAGAAGAGAAAGAGAGGCUCUUGCCGGCGGGCUCGCCCUCUCCGGGGCCGGAACGGCCUCGGGAUGGUGGUGCGGAACGGCAGGCCGGGGCGGCCAAGAAAAAGACGCGCACCGUCUUCUCCCGCAGCCAGGUGUAUCAGCUCGAGUCCACCUUCGACAUGAAACGCUACCUGAGCAGCUCGGAGCGUGCCUGCCUGGCCUCCAGCCUGCAGCUCACCGAGACCCAGGUUAAGACUUGGUUCCAGAACCGCCGCAACAAGUGGAAGCGGCAACUCUCGGCCGAACUGGAGGCGGCCAACAUGGCACACGCGUCGGCGCAGACUCUCGUGGGCAUGCCGCUGGUGUUUCGGGACAGUUCACUGCUGCGUGUGCCGGUGCCGCGCUCGCUCGCCUUCCCGGCGCCGCUCUACUACCCCAGCAGCAACCUCUCGGCCUUACCGCUCUACAACCUGUACAACAAGCUUGACUACUGA